AUGAAGAGUGUUUUGGAGAAGAAGAACAGCGGCGGCCGUGCCGUGAACGGGGAGGCCAAAGGCCAUGCCAGGGCGUCAGCUGGGGAGCCGGAAGGUCUGCAGAAGGACUGGUGCGCUAGGUGCCAGCUGAUCAGACCAGCCCGAGCAGGGCACUGCCGGCUCUGUGGCAGGUGUGUGAGGAGACUGGACCAUCACUGUGUCUGGAUUAACAGCUGUGUAGGGGAGCAGAACCACCAAGCAUUCAUCCUUGCACUCUCCUUCUUCAUGCUCACCUCUGUGUAUGGGAUUACGUUGACCCUGCACACCGUCUGUAGGGGACGAAGUCCGUUUGUGGCAUUGUUCUACUGCCCCGGGGCCUAUUCUGACUACAGCUCUGCUCUGUCGUUCACCUGUGUGUGGUACUGUGCCAUUGUAACAGCUGGCAUGGGAUACAUCCUCCUUAUCCAGCUGUUGAACAUCAGCUACAACGUGACCGAGAGGGAAGCUCGGCUGGCUCUGCGGGACAACACUGGGCGCAGGCUCCUGGGUGGGUUAGUGAUAGACACUGGCCAGUAUAACAGGGGUUUCCUAUGCAACUGGGGCCAUUUCUUGAGCCUGGGGUCUUCUCCUUCACAGCGCUCUGCUGAAGACAUCGUGUGACACCCCACUUUCUGCAGGUGACGUUGACUGACUUUCUUUAGCAGAGGAACGGCCCCUUCCACUAAGACUCCCUUCUUCCACAUCCCUCUUCUGCAGCUGGUGCAUGGGCUGCCUAUCCUGUCACUGACAACAUCGGAGGCUUUCCCGGGCAGUAUGGUUCUUUGCGUGCUGUCAGCCAGCAGUAGGCUGCAGAAAGCCAUAAGCCAUAUGCACAAAAAUGGAGAGAAGGAGCCUGCUGCCUUUUUCCAGCAAGGAAAACUUUGUGCAGCUCAACAGGAAGAAGAGAACAAGGUUUUGA